GGCAGUCCUAGGAGCUGGGGAACGUCUAGCUGUCGCGCUGUGUACUGUUGAUAUUCAAUAUUGUGUUUUGGACGUACCAGCAUAUAAAAAGGCUCGUAAAUAACAUUUUGCAAGCGGCGAAAGAGAGUAGACUGUAGAGUCUAAUCGAGCACUUCUUGUAACACAGAAAAGGUGAAGAGGCUGAUCAUCACAUUAUCAUGGCAACAAGACUAAUGCGGGCCGUACAAAUUGCGAAAUUUGGAGGACCAGAAUUGAUGCAAGUUGUCAACAUACCAGUGCCAAAACCAGCAGAAAGUCAGCUGCUUCUGAAAAUUUUAUCAGCUGGGGUGAACCCAGUAGAUACAUAUGUAAGAAGUGGAAACAUUAGCAAACUUCCUGACCUUCCAUUCACUAUUGGGAAAGAUGGAGCGGGAAUAGUGGAAGAGGUCGGCGAGGGUGUGAAUGGGUUUAAGAAAGGAGAUCGCGUGUUCUGCACCAUGGCAAUAACAGGCACCUAUGCCGAGUACGCACUCUCUGAUGAUACACACACCUUUCCACUGUCCCGGAAUCUGAGCUAUGAAAUGGGGGCAGCACUCGGUAUCCCGUACUUUACAGCAUACAGAGCAUUGAUGAUCAAGGCAAAUGCUAAGGCAGGAGACACUGUGUUGGUGCAUGGUGGAAGUGGAGCUGUUGGGUUAGCUGCAUUGCAAAUUGCUCGUGGGAAAUCCAUGAAGAUUCUUGCUACAGCUGGAACGCUACCCGGUAUGGAACUUGUGAAAAAGAAUGGAGCCGAUCAUGUUUUCAAUCACCGCGAGAAAGAUUAUUUGCAAGAUAUGAUGGAUGCAACAGAUGGCAGGGGUGUUGAUGUCAUCCUUGAAAUGCUAGCGAAUGUCAACCUGGAACAUGAUCUGAAAAUGAUGGCUUAUGCUGGUAGAAUUGUGGUGAUAGGGAGCAGGGGUAAUGUCACCAUUGCACCUCGUCUGACAAUGGCUAAGGAGAGUACUAUCACAGGCAUGGCACUCGCAAACACUUCCAAGGAGGAGUGGGCAUCUAUCGGGAAGGCACUGGUAGCUGGUAUUGAGGAAGGGUGGGUUAACCCAGUUAUUAAACACAUUUAUCCCCUUGAGGAGACAGAAGAAGCUCAUCAUGAGGUGAUGUUGUCCUCGGGACAUUUGGGAAAGCUCCUGUUGAAGCCUUAAUCACUCAGUUUGUUAAACCAGUUUACUAGAUAUAACUGGACCUUAUUUGGUAGAUGUUCAUUGAAAUGCUAAGCGAAAAUGUUCAUUUUAUUAAUACUAUGUAAUGGUAAAUUUAAUGGCAUUCAUAAAAAGUGAUUUCGAAAUUAGUGAAACAGAACCAAGGAUGGUUUUCGUAGCCUGCCUUGUAGUUUAUCAUCUUCUGUCUCAAAUUAAACAAAUACAAUAUCUACAAGCACCACAAUAUAAUGGCCAUGUUUAAACUCAGAAACGUACUUUGUCAAUUACACGAGAUGUGAUGGCACUUUAUUAAUUAUGAUACUAAGGACAUAAGUAAAUAAUAUAAUAUUUUUUACAAUUUUAUAAUUGAUCAUCAGAAAAAUACUUUUAGGUAUAUGUAUAUAUUAACAGAUAUUUCACAGAAGUAUUUUAGUUUUUGUAAAUACUAAUAAUUGUGGCAUGGUAACAUACACUAGCAAUUGUAAUGAUGUGUCCUGGAGCAAUAAGCAUCCAUGUUUAUUUCUUUAGAACUUAAUUGUUCAAUAGAAUUAGAAAGUAAAUUAAAUGGUGGCAUUUUUCUAAACUUUCUGGUCUAUAAACAGAGUAACGAACAAGGUGUACGAGUCAGGAAAUCUUAGAUAAUAAAACAAUUGCAAUAAUACAUGAAAAGAACAC